UUCAGCGUGGAGUGGUGGUGUCGAUUUGCAAGGACCUUUGUUUAUACACGAACCGCCUCAUAGAGUCGAAUUCAGUAAUAGUUCGGGUGGAAAAGUCGAUUGCACCGCCCAUGGGAGUCCCCCUCCAGAAGUGGAAUGGAUACUGGCAGAUGGAUCACCAGUUCAUCAGGUGUCUGAACUGAGGCUGCUAUUUCCCAACGGCUCGCUUGUUUUCCCGCCAUUCUCCAACGACCGUUAUCGACACGACGUGCACGCCGCCCUCUAUCGGUGUAGGCUGAAAAGUGCGUUGGGAAUUGUGGUUAGUAGGGAUGUUCACGUUAAAGCAGUUGUUAAACAAAAAUACGACAUUCAAGUCCACGACGAAUACGUAAUAUCUGGCAACACUGCCGUCCUAAAGUGCAAAAUACCGAAUUAUGUUGCUGAAUAUGUAAUGGUGACGUCAUGGAUUCAGGAUGACAGCAUAAAUAUCUAUCCGAAUACAGAUAUCGGAGGAAAAUAUGUCGUUUUGGCCAACGGGGAUUUGUAUAUCAGCAACGCCGGCCCUGCAGAUGGGUACAAGAACUACGCUUGCCGUACUGUACAUAAAUUGACAGGUGAAGUUCAAACGAGUUCGUAUCCCGGGCGCAUAAUCGUCACAGAACCGAAAGGCGAUUCGCAACCACGCAUCAGCGUCGACAAGUACAACGCGAGACGCGUCGUCUUAGGAGAGGACGUGACUCUACCUUGCGUGGCUCAAGGAUAUCCCGUCCCCGGAUACUACUGGAAACGAGAGUUACAGGGCCAGAGCGUGCCUGUUGCUCUCGGAGAGAGAUUAACGAUACUUUCUGCCGGACUGUUAAGAAUAUCGAAGGUUAGACUGGAAGAUCGCGGUGUUUAUAUUUGUUUCGCAAAUAAUUCAGCAGGAGAAGAAAGCGUUAGAGUAACUUUGGAAGUUACAGCUCAACUCUCGGCUCAUGUCCAACCACAAGUUCAAGUUGUUGAUGUAGGAAAGGCCGCUAACUUUCAGUGUAUUGUUAAUGGAUAUCCCAUUUCGCAAAUUAGCUGGUUGCAAAACGGAAAACCGAUUGCUCAAGACAACAGGAUGGAAGUAACCGCGGAACCACCACGCCUAACUCUUAAAUCUUUAACGAAGGAAGACCGAGGCAUGUAUCAAUGCAUCGUCAGUAAUAAUUGGGAUCAAGCUCAAGCCAUCGCAGAACUCGAUAUGGGCGAUGCCGGACCAGAAUUGAUGUAUUGGUUCUCAGAACAAACUUUGCAGCCGGGACCUAUGGUGUCGUUGAAAUGCGUUGCAACCGGAAAUCCCCCACCUCAAUUUACGUGGACUCUGGAUGGAUUUCCUAUUCCUGAUCAUCCUAGGUUUCUUGUGGGCCAAUAUGUUACUAUUCAAGACGACGUUAUCAGCCACGUAAAUAUCACCAAUAUAAAAGCAGAAGAUGGUGGCGAAUAUACCUGUACAGCGCACAAUACGGUGGGGAAAAUUUCACAUAGUGCAAGAGUAAACGUCUAUGGACUGCCUUACAUUCGGGAGAUGCACAAAAUAACUGGAGUCGCUGGAAUGAGCCUAAUUAUAAAGUGUCCCGUUGCAGGUUAUCCGAUCGAGACGAUAACCUGGGAACGAGAUGGUCAACUCCUUCCGAUCAAUCGACGCCAACGAGUGUACGCGAACGGCACUCUAGUGAUUGAACAGACCCAAAGGAGGGAGGAUGCCGGCACGUAUACCUGUCAAGCUCAGAACCGACAAAGGAACACGGCAAGAAGGGACGUCGAGAUACAAGUCCUAGUUCCGCCGAAGAUCCUGCCCAUAAAUCCGAUGACGGAUCUACUACGCGAAGGCAUGCGAGCAGCUAUAACCUGUCAGAUAAUGGAAGGCGAUCUGCCUAUAACUUUCCGAUGGGAGCGUAACGGCAAGGUCUUGUCGAACAACGCGGCCCUUGGGACUCUGAUAAGGCGAAUAGACGAGUUCGCAUCUUCGUUAAUUAUCGAUCAGGUGACUUCCGCACACAGCGGAAAUUACACUUGCAUCGCGAGCAACGUCGCUGGUGCCGAGAAGUACGUCGUUCCGCUUACUGUCAACGUGCCUCCCAGAUGGACAGUAGAACCAUCUGAUGCAAGUGUUGCUGCUGCACAAGAAGCUAUAAUCCAUUGCCAGUCAGAAGGUUAUCCCAAUCCGGUAAUCACUUGGAAGAAAGCUGUCGGUGAACAACCUGGUGAAUACAAAGACUUCCUCUUCGAGCCUAACGUUCAACAGUUCCAAAAUGGUUCGUUAAAUUUCGUGCAUAUAUCCAAGGAAAAUGAAGGCCAUUAUCUUUGUGAAGCAAAAAAUAAUAUUGGAGGAGGAGUUAGCAAAGUUAUAUACUUAAGAGUUAACGCACCAGCAUAUUUUGCCCAAAAAUCAAAGCAAAUACAAGUGGUUAAAGGUGAACAAGCUCAUAUGCAAUGUUCUGCUCUUGGUGAUACUCCCAUGGAAAUAACCUGGAAAGUUGGAGGGCAGCACAUAUCGAAAGAUGGAGAUCAGAGAUACAAUGUUCGUGAACAAGUUCUAGCUGAAGGAAUGGUUUCUGAAUUAGGGAUAGAGAGAACUAUAAGACAAGAUACUGGCAUAUUUAUUUGUUCUGCUAGCAACGCGUACGGUAGUGAUGAUAUGAAUAUCCAGUUAAUUGUUCAAGAAGUUUCAGAGCCUCCAAGAAAUGUCAGAGUUAUGGAUCAACUUUCCAGAUCGAUUGGAGUAUCUUGGACUCAACCGUAUGCCGGAAAUAGUCCUAUUCUUAAUUACAUUGUUCAAUAUAAACCAGGAUCUGAGGUCUGGCCAAGUCAACCCAUGAAAGUGACUGUACCUGGUUCACAAACUACAACAACUCUUCCAAAUCUCCAUCCUGCACAAGUUUAUCACAUAAGAAUAGUAGCUGAAAAUCGAUUAGGUUUAAGCGAUCCUAGCCAAACUGUACAAGUCAAUACUCUUGAGGAAGUUCCAAGCGGAGCACCUCUAGAUAUUAGGGCAGAACCUAAAAGCUCGACGGAAAUUGUAGUAACCUGGGAGCCUCCACCUAGAGAAAGUUGGAAUGGGAAUCUUCUUGGGUACCACGUCGGAUAUCAAGAAUAUACAAGUGACGAAACUAACAAUAUUGCUCAAAACUACAUAUUUAAAAGUGUGGAAGUUCGACCUCAUUUUGGAGGAGAAGCAACACUUCAAGGACUAGCCAAAUUUACAACCUAUAACAUAAUCGUCCAAGCUUAUAAUAGUAGAGGUUCAGGUCCUGCUAGUGAAGCAGUAACUGCAAGAACACUAGAAGAUUCACCCACUUUACCUCCUGAAAAUGUUCAAUGUUCCGUAUUAAAUGCUCAAAGUUUGCACAUAUCAUGGGAACCUCCUUUAGUCGAGGGCCAAAAUGGAAUCAUUCAAGGGUACAAAGUAACUUAUCAUUCUGUUGGUGAAUGGUUUGACAACGAAGACCAACAAACUAAAAUUGUUAAUCAAUUGAGAACAACGAUUUCUGGUUUGAGAAAAUAUACAAAUUACAGUAUGACAGUUCUAGCAUAUACAACGAGUGGAGAUGGAGUAAGAUCUACGCCCGUUUACUGCCAGACUGAAGAAGAUGUGCCUUCCGCACCUGCUCAAAUUAAGGCAGUUCAAAGUGCUCCCAAUAAAAUUCUUGUGUCAUGGUUACCACCUAAGUAUAGUAACGGUCCCUUAACAGGUUACACUUUUUAUAUGAGUAUUGUGGAAGAUGGUCAAGAAGAAGGUACGCAUAAGAGAGCGUUAAAUCCAACAACGGAAAUGCAUGAAGUCUUGAGAACUCAAGAAACAGCUACACUUCAAUUUUGGGUUACCGCAUCAACUAGGAUAGGAGACGGAGAGAGUACUAGGGUAGUCACAGUAACUCCUUCUAAAACGGUACCUGCCCGAAUAGCUUCUUUUGGCAGAGAGGUAAUCAGCGCUUGGAAACAAGACAUCUACUUGCAUUGCCGCCGAGUGGGAAUUCCUUUGCCAAGCGUAAACUGGAGACUGAAUGAUCUUCCUCUUGAAGUAGGAGGUCGCAGAUCAAUACUUUCCAAUGCAACGUUAGUAGUAAAGGACAUUCAAAGUGUUGAUCAAGCGAAUUAUUCUUGUAGUGUAGAGAACCAAUAUGGGCAUGACGAAAUAGUGUAUAGUUUAAAAGUUUUAGUACCACCAGAAGCUCCAGUGUUGACUGUUAUGGAGUCUUUUACUGAUACUUUGUUGUUACGUUGGAGUGAUCAAGGAAAUGGCGGGUCUCCUAUUUUAGGUUAUGUAAUUAAUUACAAGAGAAAUCAUGGUGACUGGGAAGAAUUGCAAAUUUCUGCAAGAACUGAUGAACAUAUGCUAAGAAAUCUUUGGUGCGGUACAAAAUACCUCUUAUAUAUAACUGCAUUUAAUAGAAUUGGUACAGGUUUACCCUGUGAUAUAGUAUCAGCCCAAACUAAAGGCACUGUACCUAUUCAACCUAAGCAAUCGCAAAUGCUCACAAUGAAUUCAACAGUAGUGACUGUGUGGUUAGAUUCUUGGGGAGAUGGUGGAUGUGGAAUUCUUUAUUUCGUUAUAGAAUAUCGGUCAUCAAGAUACUCUUCAUGGACAACUUCAUCUAAUCACGUCAAGCCUACUGAAAGAAUAUACAGUAUUACUGACUUACUUCCGGCAACUGAAUACCAGCUAAAAAUUACUGCCCAUAACAAUGCUGGAGAUACCGAAGCUCUUUACAACUUUACUACUUUAACACCCUUAGGUGAUAAACCUGAAUUGAUACCACCUGUUUCACAUUCUGGGGACCAGCCAUUUUACGCCAACGCUAAAGUUCUAGUUCCAAUAAUGCUGUCAUUGACUUUUUUGAUUUCGAUGAUUGCUACUUUGUUUUGGAGAAGAAAUUUUAGAAGAGACGAACAAACCAGAUCCAUGGCCGAAUCUCCUUCAAUGGCUCAAAUCCAGAACAAGCAAAACAGAGACCAGCAGUACCUAGCAGUCCGUGUUGGUCGGGGUCAGCAGGCAUUAGCAGUGGAAGACAAUUACAAAGCUGAAUCUGCUGACUACAUAGAAGACAUUUGUCCAUAUGCAACUUUUCAGCUGUCGAAGAAUACUUACAGUGAAAGUUCUUACAGUGGAAAUGUGUACAGCGGGCCGUACCACUCGGUACGCGGCUCUUUUGUUUAUCAUGAUGUUAAACCUCCACCUAUUGAUAAUUUUAAGUUAGGACAUAGUAAAGAACCAGAGUAUUCUAAAGUUAGAAGAAAAGGAGGAAGACUGAGAGAUCCGCAUUCUGAAAGUCAAGAGUCUGAUAACCUGGGCAGCACUGACUCAGAGGUGAAGAAGAUAUUAACUCUACACCUGCCUAUUUCAGAGUACGACACCCUCGGAUCGGAUUCUGAGGGCGAUGGAAGGGCGACUAGCCAAGAAAUGAUGUCGUUCAGCCAUAGAAUGAGAGGAGGUGCUGAAGGAUCCUCGUCAUCAUCUGAAACAUCGCCUCCAUCCGGCAGCGUUGGAAGAAAGCCUUACCAAACACGUAAAGGCAAAUUAAAGGCCACUCCAAUAAACAAAAGACACGUAAGAAGCAGCAGUGGCUAUUCCAGCCAUAACGAAGAGACCACUUUUAGUAUUUCACAUGCACCGAGUUUCAACGAACGGAUUCAUCCGCCUUCAAGAUUUUCGGAUUUAUCCACUAGGAAUCUAAGCGAAUCUGAGUACGAAAAGGGCCACAAACCGCUCAGGGGUAUGUCGAAGUUGAGCAGAGAAGCGUUUCAGAUAAAUGUAUGAGACAGGUUUACACCUAUUUUAGAAGGUGCUGGGCAAAUUUGAGAUCUCUAGAUGGUCGGUUUGAAGUGCGUAUUGUUUUUUUCUGAAAUAUCUUUUUUUGUAUUUUCACAAUAAGUGAGAUAUACUUAUUUUCUAACUACACUUUCAAAUAAAGAAUGCAUAGAGACGAAUUUUUUUAUUGUGAGAAGGUCUAAUUAAUACCACCUCCAUAAUAAAAUAACACGAAAGUACUGUAGAUAUGUUUAGUGACUUGAGCUCAUCUGAAUAAUUCUUUUAUUGUGAAAAUAUGAAAUCUAUAUUAAUCUACUCUUUUGUACCAAUACUUAAAAUGGGUUGAGAUAGAGUUUGAGAAGUUAUAAUAUCAUGGGUAGUAUCUUUAGAAACGUUUGACUGAAUAUCUUUGAUAUUAUACACUACACUUAUCAUGCGUCAAUGUAGCACGGGAUAAAAACCAUAUCUCUUUUUUGAUACCAUUUUCCAACUAAUAAAAAUCCUUUUGAUAAAAUUAUUUUGUGAUUUGACACAAAGAUCUGCCGUGAGCCCAAUACAUGCCAGAAAGUAUUGAUGUUCUAAAAAUAUUCUAAUAACUGUGUUCAUUAUCUUAAAAUUAGCAGUAGUCCCGAUAAAGCCGUAGAGUUUAUUUUCUUUUAUUAUCUUCUACCCCAUACUAUAUUAGGUAUUAUCUAGUAUACUUUUUAGUUUACAAUAAAUAAUAUUUUAUACUUUUGUUUUUUUUUAAUGUAACUAUAAAGAUGCGUCCUCACCGAAUCAAUACUGCCGAUCGACUCUGUCUAUCGACAUUGUUGAUCAACAAGUCUGCAAAACUGCAUCUGUCCACACCAGAGUUAACAGAAAUGUUUGUCGAUCAGUCGAAAUUAACAUGUUUGACGAAGAUGACAUUAUAGUUGCUUGUGCCGCAUAUAUUAUUAUCGCGACUAAAAAAAGAAAACUUACACGCCAAAAAAAAAAUUUGGGUCCGACCAAGUCUUCCAAAUAGAACUAGAUACAACGCUAGUAAUUUGAUAGAAGUUUUAAAAAAAGAUAACGUCAACAUAUUGAGCCUUGAAUACAGGUGUAAUGGUGGCAUCUUGACUCAAGUUUCUGCUCUUAUAGUUUUUGUUUUUAGAAUCCUAUAGAUUUCUUCUCAGUUUGUAUGCCUCAAUAAAGGCUAUGACUUUAUCUUAUUCCCAUUCCAUUAUUCCAACGAAAACACAACUACAAUGUCAAAAAGGCAAGACGUUACUGAGUACUUAGUACUCAGUACUAAUAGUUUAUCGAAUGUCGAAAACACGUCCACACACUAAGUCGAUCGACUGCUCUUUCAUGUUUACCGACAGGCGAUGGAAAACAAAUCGACAUGUCGAUCGAUUUACUUUGUCGAUCGACACCGUCGAUGGUCGCGUACACUCAGAGAAAGUUGAUCGACAGUGUUGGUUCGAUGAGAACGCACCUUAAGGAAACUUGUUUAUAUUAAGGAAUUUUAGCAGUCGAACAUAAAACUUUGUAUGUUACUUUGUGCAUAACUGAUUGAACUUAUCUGCGACUUCUUUUUAUGUAUAGGAUUAGCAACUUAAAAGAUCCACCCUACGUAUCUUCGUUAUUAAUUGAGAUAACAGAAUAAUUUUUGUUUGUUUGAAAGAUUGAGAUUAUUAAGUUCUUCUAAAAGUUUCAAUUAUUCGGGUUUUUCAUAAAUAACAGUAAAUCGCAAUCUUAUAUUUUUAAAAGCAUGUACAUCACUUAAGGAAACAUAUUUGUUGCUCGUAUUUUGGACUGUCAAAUUAUUAAAUUUAAUAUACCUAAAACGGAGAAUAUUCAUCAUUCCUAUUUUCAUUUCAAUCCAUGAAGUGUCAUUUUUGGUGUGUUCGUUGUCGUAGUACCACUGACGUGCAUGUGCAUGUCUUCUAACUCUGCUUGAUAUAAUCCUAAUAAUGUAUUCGUUACUCCACUUAUACCUUUUCGCUAAAGUGUCCACUUUUGUCACCCACAAUUUGACCAUAAUGCCCUCUUUCGCGGAGUCAAACACCGGGAUUUUUUGUUCGUCACUUACCCAAAUCGCAGCUGACUUUAAUGGAUUAUGACGAAGAUCUUUAACUUCUUUUUUAAGAAAUUUUAAUUGCUUUCUUAGAAAAGUACUCUCAUUAUUCAUACUUUUAUAACUAUUUGUAAACAAUGAUCGAACGCGAUUUCGAUUUUCGCCAUGUCUUCGGCUACAAUGCCUGCAUUUCGACUACUCGUCCUUUUUUUUCCAUGUUUGUCAAGAAAAUCGACACGAGUUCUAAGGCAGUAUAUCGCACUUCUGAAUUGUAUUUCAUAAAACAACACAAUUAUAUUUAAAAAGCAAUGACCGUAUUAUAAUAUCAGACAGAACAGUUUGUUUUGGUUCGUUUAUCAAUCAAUACUAAAUGCUUAAGGUUUUCCCAUCCUAAGCAUAUAUUCGUUAACGUCUAAGUUAUUUUAAGGUGAAUACAGCACCACUUAUAAUUUCAAGAAGUAAUUUUGUUAAAAAAUUAAAAUUUUUGGCGAAAUAAACGUAAUAUUAUCCCCAUUUGAAAAUUAAAAAUAAAUUGCAAUUUACAGUUAUUUUCUCAAAAACCGAAAGUACGCAAUGAUGGCACAUAAUAAUUAAAUCUAUUGAAACAAAUUAAUUCCAAGCAUUUAAACAAAACAAAAUCAUUCCGAUAUUUGAAUUAAUAACGAAGAUAUACCUAGUGGAGAGGACUUUUAAAGUGGCUCACCCUGUAGGGAUAAAUACUAAAACUAACAACUAAUUAAUUAAACCAGAAAUCUGAGAUAGAACACAGUUAUUAGAAUAAAUUAUGAUUUUUUUUGUGAAUUAUAAAAUUCAUAAUUUAAAAUUUAAUAAUUAAUAAUUUAUUAUUGUGUCAUAAAUACUUCCAUUAAAGUAAUAGUUAACAUGAGGAUAACCGUAUUUCUUAUUAAAUUAAUAAAUUUUGAAAAAUAAUCACAUUUUCGUUUGAUCCGUUUUUUUUUAAUAUUAGGCCUAACUGAGAUCUUUUCUCGGGAUACCUACUGAUCUUAACAAACAUUUAGGGUCAAAUACAUUUAGAAAAACUAAUGUCUAAAUGUUAAGACUGAAUUUUUGGUAACAAAUUAAUAACGAAACAACUACUGAGAACUGCACCAGAAACAUAUCUUUUCCAAUGACGAUGACAUUCUACAAGUAAACGAACUAGGUUUAAAGAAAUUUUCUCACAGAAACUACUGUAAUAUUACACCUGUUUCUUUUGUCUAUAAAAAAAUACAUCAAUAAGUGUUUUCGAUGUAAACUGAUUCACUAAGAAAAAAUAUUUCCCUAAAUAGGACACUUUUAUAGAUGAGCUAAUUUAAAAAACAUUGAUUUUAAUAAAUACCUAUUGGUUUUAAAAAUUUAGAUUCAUGAAGCACUGAAAAAUAUGCUUUUAAAUGAUAUAAAUGUUUUGUAAUUAACAAAACCACGUUUUCACGACAAAUUAGACUGAAAUAGAAUUAUUAUUAUUAAAAUAAAUCGUUUUCUUUCUAUUUUUCAUUUAAAAUAAUUGUUUAUUACAUUUUUUAUAUGUAUAUAUUACUUGGUAAACCUAGCCAAAUUGUAUACCCAUAAGCAAUUAGGUAGGUAGGUACUAUUAACAAACCUUUUAAAAGGAGUAGGUAUAAAUGUCGUGAAAACAAUGGUGAUUAGUUAAAAAAUAGUCGAAGUGACAGGAUUAUAAUUUUAAAUAUAAAAAUUGAAGUAUAUUAAAGCGUGUUUGUAAAUUAUGGAAAAGUUAGAGUGAAAAGGAUUUUCAAUAUAUUUAUAAGUUAUAAUCCUUUCAAAUGUGAUAUUUAUUAAAUUACAUAAUUUAUAAUAAACUAUAAAGCACUCAAUUGAAGAUUUUUAUUAUAUAGAUUGAUUUGUCACUCACUAUGUGUCUUCACAUAUUGAAUCAUGCAGAAAAAUAAAUGUGGUUAAUUAAACCAAACUGAAAUACGUACAUUUUACCACAAAAACAUCAAAAAUAAUUAUUUACAGAUUAAAAAUGUAGCAUUUCUAUAGAUGCACACUGUAGGACAAUCUAAAUAAUCUGAAUCCAUGGUGUACAUAUUUUUUUUUAAUGGCUAAUGACUAUUUACAAUUUUUUUAAUUUACAUUGACAUAAUUAUUUUAUUAUUAUUCUUUUAAAAAGUUUAAGAUAAUAUGGUUAUUAUUGCAUAAGUAUAUUAUUCCAAUAAAAAAACGACAAUAGGUUUUAGGAAGUUACCACUUCUUUGGCAGAUCUCCAACGCUCUAUGCAAAGUGUAGACAGAAGUUGAACAGGCCUUUGAUAGGUGAAGAGGUGGUAAACGUCGAACCCCGUCAGACUACUUCGGGAAUUUCGCGGUAAUGUUUGUUCGUCAGUGUCGUAUAGUGGAAUAACAAAUAUUAAAAGUAAUUUUAAAAAACCGACAAUAAAAUCGUUCAGAUCAUCUUAACCAAAUUUAUAUGGGACCAGCCCUGAGGUAUCUCCUUACUAAUAGAAAAAGAAUCAUAGAAAUCGGACUAGGUGGUAAAGAAUUAUCGCUAAACAUACAUAACAAAAGAAGAGUUAGAGGAUUUUCUCAUGGAUCCAAUUAUUAGAUUUUAACCAAAUUUAUAUGGGACCUCCUCUGAAGUACCUCCUUUCUAACAAAAAAUCAUUAAAAUCGGACAUUGUGUUAAAUAAUUAUCGCUGAACAUAUAUUCUUGGCUUCUUCCAUCUUUGACACUUUUUUAUUUGUCUUUAUCUCUUUUAUUUCCAAAACAUCUUUCAACAGGGUACUUGUGAGUAUCUCAGAAUGUUUUUUUUGUCGACCAUGUGUUUUUUUUUAAUUUUCUUCUUGGAUUCAAUUUUCUAAAAAAAACUUUUCCUCCUGUACUUGAAUUGCUUUUUCUAAAAACAAAAAAAAGGUCCUCCGGCAAAAACUUUUCCUCUUCUGCAUAGAUUCAAUUUUCUACAAAAAAAAGGUCGCCAGCCUAAAACUUCCCCCUCUCGUCUGGUGUCGAAUUUCUCGUACAAAACAAAAUCCAGUUGCCAGGCCCCCCUUAUAGAGCUGCCGGGCCCCCAUUUGAGUCCGGGCCCCGGGAAUUAGUCCCGGCUACCCCCCCUCUAGUCGGCCCUGAUCUUAUCUUCAUAUUCGGAAUUACUGAUUUUGGAUUUUAAAAAUGAAUUACAAUGGCGAUUGAUGCAUUUUUCAAUGCAGCAAAAUGUUACGCCAAGCGGUUGUAGUUUGUGGGAUGUAUGGGGGGGGGGGUGUGCUAACCAUGACAAUCCCAUUUUCUCUGCAAUAUUUAUAUAUUUCAAGUGAAAUAUGACUUGGGUGAUUAUCUAGUAUAAGUAACACCGGAUUAUCGGGGUUUGACAAUAGUUUUUUUUUUUUAAAUGUUUCAGCCAUAAAGAAAUCGCAGAUCCGUUGCUCCGUCUAGUAUUUGUAGAGGUGUAAAUAGCACCGCUAGGCCCUUUCUUUUAAAGCUGUUGGCUCAUUCUCUUUCUAGGAAAUACAAAUAAUGAUGGGAAGUAAUUUCCAGUUGCACUAAACGCACUAAACGCACAAAACACUGUAAUGUUCUCUACACGUUCCCAAAAAGAAAUUAUUUCAAACUGCUUUAUGCCUUUAGGUCCAAUUCUUUUAGAUGAUUCUUUUGGAACCAUAGAUAUACCGCUUUCAUCUACAUUGUAAAUGCGAUCUGAAAGAAUUUUAUAUUUUUCUUGGACUUCUUGUAAGUUUUUAAAAUAACUUUUGACUUCUGUUUUAUUGAACCCUGUUAUCCUAUUCACUCUUGUAGAUUCGGAUUUUCUUAAAGAUAUUUGUGGGUUUCUUUUUAUAAAACCUUGGAACCAGUCCGGACCCGCCAUUAGUUUGUCCUUGUUAAAAUUGUGUUUAAUUUUGUUCGCUUCUGCAUAAUUGAAAACCAUAGUUCUUAGUUCUAUGGAAGUAACACCAAAAAACAAAUUUGCCAAAUUUAGAACGUGAUCCACAAUCUCAUUUUCUUGAGCUAGUGAAAACACUGGGGCUCUACCAAGCAAUUCAGAUUUGACUUCUUUCAUUAAAUUUUUAAUUUAAAGUUUUCGUCUCAACGUAGCUUCGUGUAUUUCAAACGCUCUCGUAACUUCACGAAUUUUACGGCCAUCUUCCACGACUGCAUUCAAGGCUGCAUUAAGUGCUUCUGCCGAAAACGAUCUUCUCUGCGUUUUUCUGGUAUAUCUUCCUAUAACUAAAGAAGAAACGGAAGCUUCAAAAUGCAUAAUAUGUACUAAAUAAUAAAAAUAUAUAUGUGAAUACGUUAUGUUAAGAUAAUACACUGACACGGCGAAGAUGACGCAACUUGCGUUAACUUGGCCGAUUACACAUCUAACUAAAACUUCUUUUCAAAAAUUUUUAACAUCUAAUGUUGAACAAAUAAACACAUGCCAAUCAAGAACAAAUACCACCCGAUCAUCUGAUAUCAACGUAUAUCAAGUGAAACCAAAAUAUAACGACUCACCUUUAAUAUUUGUGUAGAAACCAAUAACAUGAAUAACACGUAUUUAGCAUUUGCCUGGCUACUAAAUACUAAACGGUACCGUAGAAGAUCGGCACGGGCUUAAAGUACUAAUAGUAUCUUAAAGAGGGCGUUACGAGUAUAAACAUAGAAUACAGUUAAAUGCUGCGUUUGAGAAUCAACAUCGGAUGCAUUUUUUACAUUUCAAGCGUUUUUUUAUUCACAUCAGACACAUCUGUCUCAUUACAUUUACGUAUACCGAAUCACGUGAUCAAAGAUUUUUUACAUCUCAGAUGCAUCCGAUGUGGAUUCUCAAACGCGGCAAUAGUAUAACCAAAAUACCUAAGUGCGUAAUCUUUAACACUGCGUCAUCUUUAAGGCUGCGUCAUCUUCUCCGUUUCUCCUCUACCUCAUUACGCAUUUUAGUGUAAUACGUGUAGGUUGUUUUUGUGUAGAGUGUUUUGUAAGAUGAAGGUGUCAAAAAGAACAGCCACCGAGAGAGCGGAAAAAAUAAAAAAAAAAUAUUUAAAUUUAAAAAAAUGUGAGAGGAUGUCUCUUAUGAUUCGUCGAAUAAGUACAAUAAUUAAUUUAUUUCUUAUUGAAAUUUAAAUAUGACAUAAAAUCAAUUAGGAAAAACUGUUCGAAGUUUAGAAACACCCUUGAGAAGACGAUUUGCCAAUUGAUCACCAAUUCUUUUAAUUAAAAUAUUUAUUCCGAAACGAAGUGUUUAAAGUAGAAUAUAGUCCCUACUAAAAUGUCCGUUCAAAAUUUUAAUUAGGUAUAUUAUUUACUACAAAAUGUCCACCAUUUUUUAUACAAAACAUAUACCUGUGUUAUUACUUAAUGAUGAUAUUAGUACUUAGAUUGCUGCUUCUAGUAGUACUGUGUACUUUAGCAAUCAAGGAAAACGGUGGAAAAAGCAUAAACAAAUAUUUUUAUCAGUCUACUGUAGAGGCAUCUACUGACUGCAAUGUAUCCUAGGUCUCGUUUCCAAGACACAUAUUUAUUACGUUUCGCAUUUACAUUAGAGGCAAAUAUAUAAAUCUGAGGCUCACCAACACAAGAGUUAAUUAUGUUAAAAAAUUUAAUAUCUAAAUUAUAAACGUUUUCAAUAAUUCUAUCUUGAUUCUCGAUCGGCUUCUGUAUUGGUUACUGACUCAUAUACGUUGCAAAAUUGUAGAUUCUUUUAUGCUCACGUAAGACCAAUCUGAAUGUUCCGAAAAUCAUAAUAUGGUAAAAAGGAUUAACAGUUCUCUCAGUCGGUUCAGAAACUUUCUAUAUUGGUUUCAAAAUUAAAAAUAUUUGAUUAUACUUUUUCCACCGUUUUCCUUGAUUGCUAAAAUACAGAGCACUACUAGAAGCAGCAAUCGAAGUACUAAUAUCUUUAAGUAAUAACACAGGUAUAUGUUGUGUAUAAAAAAUGGUGGACAUUUUGUAGAUCUGGUAAUGUUGAUUUAAUAAAUCCAUCAGUAAAUAAUAUAAUUGAAAUUUUGAACGAACAUUUUAAUAGGGGCUCUAGAUAUUUUACAAUUCGUUCUGCAUUAAAUAUUUUAUCUAAAAGAAUUGUUGAUCAAUUGGUAAAUAAUUGUCUUCUCUAGGGUGUAUCUAAACUUCGAACAGUUUUUCCUAAUACGUGGGACCCACAGCAUGUAUGAAAUAUUUGUCAAGUUUGUUUUCCUUGGAAUCAAUUAAUAAAUCUGGACGAUUUAACUUAUAAUUUAGUAACUUUAUCUUUAAGUACUAAGUUAGUAUUCCGAUGGUCUUAACACAUUUUAAUUUGUAAAUUUUAUAUUCUCAUGUAUCAUUAAUCCAUAAAUUGUUCAAACAUUUUUUCACUUAUAAUCAAAUUACGUUUCAUCAACAUACUCUCUUAUAGGCCUCAUGAUGGUCACUGACCAAAACUAGUCGCUUUCCCUCUGUUUUCAAUAACAAUAAAAAAAUGGUGGUCAAGACUUAGAGUUUUUCCUUUCCGUUUGUGUGCACCUUUAAAAUUUGAGUACGAGUAGUAAAAUGCAUUUAAUUUUUUUGCAUCAUUCAGUACUGAACUCACAGCAGGUGCCUUUCAAGGGAAUUAUGAAGUUGUUUUUCCCUUAACUUCCAAAAAUGGGUGUGCCAAACAUAAAAUACUAUAGAAAAGUAUAAAAGUGUAUAGGAUCAGUGCAUGUUAUAGAUUUUAUAGAUUGUUAUAUAAUUUUAUUAAAAGAAAGCUCUCGUACACACCUCAAAAAAUUAUCCAAUGAAUUUACCUUUAGAAUUUUUCGUGGGGGACCUCUGUCAACACAAUUAAAGUACUUAAUAUUAGUUUUAAUAAUUAUAAUUAUUAACUAAUUACAAAAAAGGCAAUAAAAGUUGCAAUUUAUAAACAAAAUUUUUGUAUUCCCCCACCAACUUUUCUAAUAUAUCUACAUGUAUAUGAAUGGCAAGAAGGCAAGAGGGAACUAUGUAUUUAUCGAAAUUAAAAUCAAUAUAUUUAUACUAAUAUCUAUUUAGAUAUAUAAUUAUUUCCUUCCAACUAAAAAUUUUAAAUAAAAUAUGAAACUUUCUUUUUUCCUUGUUGCCUACAUGCCAGAGAAAUUUUGUAAAAAUUAACGACACAUUUUGUCUAACCGGUAAAACGUAAAUUUAUCAUGCAGUUGAUGAAAUCAAAGUUGUGAUAAACGCAUAAGUAGGUAUUCUGUUUUGUUCAAUAACACACUUCUGAUAAAUAUUUUUUCUUCUCUCAAUAUGAUAAGCAAAUAAAUAUACCUAGGUAGAUAAUUAUAAAAAAGGGUAUCUGAAUCCUUUCAAUUUAAAGCCGAACCCGAAUAAAAAAGAUACCGGAAGAUACCAGUACGUCAUACACAGUGGCGUGUACAAUUAUUUUUUGGUAUUAUGUGUAAUCACAAGCCAAUUCACUGUUUGAUAUUACACCAAGGUGAUCGAUGAUAGCGGGCCAACGCGAAUCGGUAUUUUUUCUAUUCGGACCUAUUUUUUUCAGAAGUGUGACAGACGAAGCGUUUAUCAUUUUCUUAAUUUCACAACUGUACCUACUUGUUACAAGAUCUGUCAGUUUCUAUGUACAUAUAAAACCUUUUUAUUGUAACAAUGUGGAAAUUAAUAAAAAAAACAUGUUGUGUUAUUUUGUCUCUUAUUUCAUUUAGGGAUGUUGGACCCUAAAAUGGGUUCAAUGUAAUCCAUACUGGAGCUAUAAAAUGUUCAAAAACAUUAGGUAAAUUUCCUACUUUUUAAAAUUAGUUUG